CUUAUAGAAAUCUCCCACUUAUUUGGAAAAGAAAAUGUCUUGUGCAAGCAACAAAGUGGACUCCCUGCUCCAGAACAUGUGGGAUGGGAAUAUCUAAUAGGGUAACAAAUGAGAACAGCAACUGUGAAAUGAGAAAAGAGAAAAGACUGUGUUAUAUUCAGCCUUGUGACAGGAAUAUAUCAAACACAGUAAAGAUCCCCAAAGGAAAAACAUGCCAACCUACCUUCCAACUUUCCAAAGCUGAAAAGUUUGUCUUUUCUGGAUGCUCAAGUACUCAGAGUUACAAACCCACUUUUUGUGGAAUAUGCUCGGAUAAGAGAUGUUGCAUCCCCAAUAAGUCUAAAAUGAUUACCAUUCAAUUUGAUUGCCCAAAUGAAGGGUCAUUUACAUGGAAGAUGCUGUGGAUUAUAUCUUGCGUAUGUCAGAGAAACUGCAGAGAACCUGGAGAUAUGUUUUCUGAGCUCAAGAUUCUAUAA